CUGCGCUGGUGAUAAGCUGCCUUCACAGAUCGAUUGUGUCGUCCAAUAGUUUCAGAUAUGCCGUUUUAUCUCCCGUUUAUCUAGAACGUUGCUAAAUCUUUCAAUUUCUGGUGCAGUGCUGUUAAGUCAACAGUAGUGUUGAUGUGAGAAGCGGUGUCAUGUUCUCCUAGUGGAUUAAAGGGACGCAAUCGGUCGGAGAUGGUCGAUUCUUACAGACUCAAGGAAUGGAUAAGCUGGCCAUUACUCAGGGCUCACGUGUGCACCGCAGCCGUAGCUGUGAGCUUCCACGCCACAUGGAGAGCUCCACGGGAAGCCUUCAUUCAUGGAGGGCUGCAGUACGGACUUGCAGUCACUCUGGCAUUGCUGGUCGUGGCCUUACCGCUGGCCUUGCUCCAGCUAGCAGUGGGACAACUAAGCCAGCAAGAUGCCGUGGGGGUGUGGAGGGCUGUUCCUUUUUUUAGAGGUGUGGGCUACAUGCGAUUGUUCAUAUCGUUUCUUGGCUCCGUAUAUUCGGUUAUAUACCUGGCCAUGACUGUGACGUAUUUUCUCUACACAUUAAGUAGUUCGCUACCGUUUUGGGAAUGCAUUGAGCUGGUCCUCGAUCAAGAGGAUUAUGUCAAUACUGUGAAUGCCUCAACCUGUCUUCAAGAUACAUUCAUGGGUCCAAUAGAAGAUAGACCAGAAUACUAUUUGGCUGUAGCUCUAAUUAUUUUGGUUCUUUGGAUAGUGUUUCCUUUUAUAGUGUUUUUCAGUUUUUACAAUCCGGUAAAACUGAUGAAACGGAUACUGUACGUGUUGGGACCCGUGGUGAUUGUGUCAUUCGUGGUGAUUAUGGCAUGCAUCAGUGACGGGAAUAACUUGUCGUCAUUGGUGAUUAAUUCUGACUGGACGAGUUUUCUGGAGCCCAGUAUCUGGCAUGGCGCCAUUACCCAAGCGCUCCUGGCUUCUCAGACCGCUGGUGGGUUUUUAAUAUCCGCUGGCGAUACUGUGUACUCCAGUACUAAUGUACAGUGGACAUCACUGGCGUUUGUGGGAGCGAAUAUUCUAUCAACCUGGGUGAGCCUGAUUUUCUGGCAUUCCAUAAGUGGUCCAGAAAAGGAUACUACCGUAUUCGCUGUGCUCGUCCAGGCAUACCAACUUGGAGAAGACCCUGACACCGACUUGGCCUGGCCGCUGAUAAUGUUCCUCACUUUACUGCUCUCUGGAUUGAUAACUAUGCUCUCCCUUCUAUAUCCCGUGUACGACCGAUUCCGUCGCAUUGGUGGCAUCAAAUGGCGACUGCUUUCGUUCCUGGGCUCUGUGGUUAGCGCAUUCAUCUGCCUCGCAGUGCUGUGGGGUCGUCUGCCAGUCCUCAACCUGCUGGCAGACUAUGCUGUGCCUCUCCUCAUCAGCAUCGCCACCGUGCUUGAGAUAUUGGCUUUUGUGUUCAUAUAUGGUUGGAAGGUUCUCGUUGAAGACGUGGAAUUUUUGACAGGACGAGAUUUACCGAGGCUUUGGGUGUUGGGCUGGUGUGCCGCCCCUGGUAUUAUAGCACCAUUUACCAUUUGGUGGGUGACGAUGUGCUUCAUCCAAGAGGACUCCUGGCUCGAAGCUCCCUGGCCGGUCCUCACCAUCAUUUCGACUUCGGUCCUGGCAGUACUCAUAUUCAUUAUCUUUGCCUUUGUUGCCAUUAUGAAGCAGGUCCAAUAUGACUUAAUUGGGAAGUUGAAGUCAUCGUUCAAACCAUCACGCCACUGGGGGCCAAGAGACCCAAUCACCCACUACUACUGGCUGGCCCGACGAGACGAGUUGGAGAGAGGAAACGUUCACCGCAGGAGAUACCAAAGAAGGCAGUUAGGGCAAUUGUCCGGAAGACCAAGCUUUCUAAAUUUGGCAAAUUCUGUCGAAGAAAAGACAGAGGCUCCGAGUAGCCCUGAGAAAGUGAGGUCGAACUCUGAUGAUUGGCUGUACACCGUCUGCAGGAAACAGCAGGAGACCACAGCCAGUGGUAAGAAGAGGACCAAGUCUUUAGACUGGACUUUCCCCAACAUGAAAGUAUCUGGUACUACAGAAUUGAAGACUUUGGAUUGCAGUAGCUUAACAAUGGAAUCGUUGCCGUGUCAAGAAAGUAAUUAUAAUGUAUCCAAUAAGCCGUCUCACAAUGGUAGACCAGCCCUUCAUGAUAUAGAUAGACUAACUAAUGAUAGAUCAAUGGAAAAGUUUUGAUCUAAGGUGAGAUCAUCUUCUACGUUGAUGUGCAUAUAAAUUAAUCAGGUAUCCGUCUAUUAUACAAGAAUGAAUGAAUUUUAUGAUAUAAAUUUGCACAUUUGUACAUUAUAUUUAUACAUC